AUGCCGUCAAAACGCUGGAUUUGGGACUCGACCGCCACCCAGAUUCCGUGCGUCCACGAGGCCCACAACGGAUCCUUCGCGGCGGCGGACGCCAUGUUCGCGGAGCUGCUCGACCUCAGCCCACGCAACGUACGUUCCCUCCACGCCUGGGCGGAGCUGCACCGCAAGCGCGGCCGCACCGCGCGCGCCGAGGAGCUCUACCGCGAGGCGCUGCGCGUCGACCCCGACCACGGCCAGUCUCUGGCCUCCCUCGCGAAGCUUCUCGUCGACACCGGCACCAGCGCAAGCGCGCGUGAUGACGCGCGCGACCUCCUCCGGCGCGCGCUCGACGCGCGGCCGAGCGACACCGUCGCGCUCCAGGCCCUCGCGCGCCUCGAGUGGGCCGCGGGCAACCGCAGAGCUGCGCGGCAGAUAUACGCUCGCAUCGCCAUGCUGGGGCCGGCGGGCGGAGACGGAGACGGAGCGGGGGGGCAGAAGGACGCGGACGCGCGCGGGAGCCACGCGGCGACGCCGUCGCUGCUGUCGGGGUGGGGCGGGCUGGAGCAGAGCCGCAGACACAGCGCGCGUGCUGCGAGGUUGUAUGAGGCGGCGUUGCAGCGGGAUCCGGAGCACCUGCCGUCGCUGAUGGGCCUCGGCGUGGUCGAGUCGAAGGCCGGGAACCAUGCCGCGGCGGAGGCGCACUAUCGUCGCGCGCUGGAGGUCUCUCCGGGCAACGUACGCAUCCGCUGUGCGCUUGCGCAAGGCCUGCGCGCCGCGGGGCGCACCGCGGAGGCGCGCCGCGAGCUGGACGGCGUGCUCGAGGACGAUCCGGGCUGCGCUCGCGCGUGGUACAUCCUGGGCGUCCUGCUGCAGCAGAUCGGCGAGGCUGGCGACGCGCGAGAGGCGUUCAAGAGAGGCGCCGGCACGGGGGGGCGGGACGGCAAACCGCGCGACGCGACGUCGCUGCUGCUGUGCUUCGAGGCGUGGGCGGAGGGCGAGGCCGGGCAGGGCCGGACGGCGCUGGCGGUGCGGUUGUUCGAGGAGGGGUGUAUUGCUAUUGCACCCCAGGAGCCUACAGCGCGCUACCUGCGCGCGUGGGCGCUGGCGGCGAAGCGCGAGGGCGACCUCGAGGGAGCUCUCGAGCUACUCGCGCGCGCGGCGCGGGCCGACCCGCACGACUACCGCAUCUGGCUGUUGCGUGCCGUCCUGCAGCGUCGGUCAGGGGGGGUGUCAGCGGCCCGGUCGGACUACGCGCGCGCGGCCGCGGCGCGGCCCAGGGAGCCCGCGGUGUGGCUGUCGUGGUCGCAGCUCGAGCGCGCCGCCGGAGACGACGCACGCGCCAGGGAGCUGCUCGUGCGCGGGGUGCAGCGAUGUCCGGGUUGCAACCCCCAGCUGCUGACGGAGAUCGCUCUGAUGGACAUCGAGCGCGGCGGGAACGUAGACCCGGCGCGUAGGAUGCUCGCUGUCGCGAGCCACGUGCAGCCGGGCGCGGGGCGGGGUACGGCGCAGGCAACGCGACAGCCCCACGUUCCGGCGCUGACUGCGUGGCAUGCGAUGGAGGUUCAGCGCGGCAACGCGGUGCUCGCGGCGCGACUGGAGGAGCUGGAGACGGCGGCGCUGACGGGCGGGCCGCGGGCGGCGCGGCACGUGGUGCAGGAGCUGGCGCAACUGGCGGCGACGGAGGUCGGGGCGUCGCCUGAGUCGGUGCUGCGGGAGCUGCACCGCAGGGCGCUCGGGGCCGCGGCUGAGGAGGACGAUGGCGGCGUGGACGACGGGUGGCAGGCGGGCCUGCUGUCGAGCAUUGGGGGUGUGGAAGACGAGGAGGGGGGGGGUGUCGAUGAGGGCGCAGUGCGGCCGUGA